GUUCCUGAUUAACUAAGUGAAAUAGAGGUCAUGUGUCUCUUGCUCCUCUUUCACUUGGCAGUCAUUCUGACACACCAGCAGAAAGCGCCUGGUCCUGACAAACUGCUGCUUCAGUCACCAUGUCCCUGCACUGUUGGCUCAUUCUGGUGGUUUUCAUCGCUGUGACCUCAGCCGUCGAUCCUGGGGUAAAGGUCAAGCUAACAGCAAAAGGCCUUGAGUAUGGCAGACAACUGGGCAUGGCUUCAAUCGAGCAGAAACUCAAGGCCAUCAAAGUCCCAGAUAUUUCAGGGAAGCAGAAAGUGUCUCCCAUCGGCAAAGUCAAGUACAGCUUUUCACAGUUGAAAAUAGUGAAAGUGGGAUUACCCAAGUCUGCAGUGGAUCUUGUGCCGGGGACUGGCGUCAAACUGUCCAUCGCUAACGCCUUCAUCAGUCUGCAUGGAAACUGGAGGGUCAAGUUUCUCCGGAUAAUAAAGAACAGAGGCUCAUUUGACCUGAAUGUGAACGGACUCACUAUCGCUACAAGCAUCGCCAUCAAGAGGGACGAGACAGGCCGGCCGACAGUCAGCGUUGUCUCCUGUGCGGCCACUGUGGGCAGCGCCAGCAUCAAAUUCCACGGAGGAGCCAGUUGGCUGUACAAUCUUUUCAAGAAGUUCAUCAAUAAGGCUUUGAGAAAUGCAAUGCAGAAACAGAUCUGCCCUCUGGUGGCUGAUGCAGUAACUGAUUUGAACCCUCAAUUGAAAACACUCAAUGUUGUAGCCAAGGUGGACAAGUAUGCAGAGAUCGAAUACUCCAUGGUGUCAUCGCCCACAGUUUCACAGGCUUCAAUAGACUUGAGCUUGAAGGGUGAGUUUUACAACAUAGGGAAGCAUCAGGAGGCUCCGUUCUCCCCCACAGCCUUUUCCCUGCCUCCCCAGAACAACAACAUGUUGUACAUAGGCAUGUCUGCCUACUCUGUCAACUCUGCUGCCUUCGUCUACAACAAAGCUGGAGCCCUCAGCCUGUACAUCACUGACGACAUGAUCCCGAAAAGCUCUCCCAUCCGACUCAACACCAGGACAUUUGGAACGUUCAUCCCUCAGAUUUCCAAGAGUUUCCCUGGUCUGAUGAUGAAACUGCUGGUGAAGACUGAGAAAACUCCCGUCAUCACCUUUGCACCCAAAGCCGUCACCGCACAGGCCAGCUGCACAGUGACAGCCUACGCCAUCCAACCCAACACCGCACUUUCCCCUCUCUUCAUCCUGAACUUGGAGACCAGUGUCAGCGGCCAGCUGUUUGUCAGUGGCAUGAGGGUGGCUGGAGCUGUCUCCCUCAACAAAAUGGAUCUGACCCUGAGGACCAGUUACGUGGGAGAGUUUCAGGUCAGAUCCCUCAACACCAUCCUGCAGAUGGUCCUCAAAGUGGUGGUGAUACCCAUACUGAAUGUUCAACUUGCGAAGGGAUAUCCACUUCCUGCGAUUGGAAAGAUGAAGCUGGUGAACACUCAGCUUCAGGUCCUGAAGGACUACAUGCUGAUUGGGACAGAUGUUCAGUUUACAGGUUAAACUGCAUUCUUCAAAACUCCCACGACUGCUUUCUGUGUACUUCUCCCACCAACCUGAGAAAUGCAUAAACUGCAUUUGGAUUUCACUCAGGUUGUUUUUUUUGUAUUUUUUUUUUUUACUUUUACAUAAUUCUGUUCAGUUUUUCUUCAUGAGGGCAGUGAACAUUUUCCACUGCUGCAGUCCUGUCAUACCAGGCCACAGUCUGCAGGAAGCCGUGUCAUCUUUUUUGAAAUGAAAGUCUCCUUCCAACGCAGAUCACAGCACUUUCUGUUGCUGACAAAUUCAAUCUCAAAGUUUCUCUGUGGCUCAAAGAGCGAUGGUACAAAUGUGCUGAUCCAUGAUGUUUUUUUAAACUGGUUAAGAGAAUCUCUGCAAAAAAAAUUUAAUAAAAUAGCCAUCACAUCAAUCAAGCAUAUGGCAAAACAAA